AUGGGAUUCAGCAACCUGUCAUACCUGAACCCCAAGACAGUGACCCUCAUUGGCAUUCCUGGAUUAGAGCAUGUGCAAUUUUGGAUUGGAUUCCCUUUCUUUGGUGUGUGCUUGUUGGCUCUGAUGGGAAAUAUUUUCUUACUGAUUAUAAUCCCUCUAGAACGCAGCCUACAUCAACCCAUGUACAUCUUCUUAGCAGUACUGGCAGCCACGGAUUUAGGGCUCUGUUUAGCCAUUGCACCAAAGAUGUUGGCCAUCUUCUGGUUUGAUUCUUGCUCCAUGACCUUUGAUGCUUGCCUCACUCAGCUCUUUUUCAUCCAUGCUUUGCAAGGCAUGGAAUCUGGCAUCCUACUAACAAUGGCCUUUGACCGCUAUGUUGCUAUCUGUGAUCCACUGAGGCACACAUCCAUCCUUACACCUUUAGUUCUGGUUAAGAUGGUAGUAGUGGUGGCAAUCCGAGCAACAGUGCUUGUUGGAAUUUUGCCCAUUUUACUGAAAAGACUGCAACUUUUCCAUUCUGUAGUUAUUGUUCAUUCUUAUUGUGAACAUAUGGCUGUGGUCAAACUAGCUGCAGAAGAUGUCCAUGUUAACAAAACAUAUGGGCUUUUUGUGGCAUUUGCAAUUCUGGGUUUUGACAUGAUGUUCGUCUUCAUCUCUUACAUCUUGAUAUUCCAAGCUGUUUUUCGUCUUCCCCAGAAGGAAGCCAGACUCAAAGCAUUCAAUACUUGUACUGCCCAUAUUGUUGUAUUUCUUGAAUUUUACAUACUUGCUUUUUUCUCCUUCUUUAGCCACCGUUUUGGUCAUGUAUCACCUUAUGUCCACAUUCUAUUGUCUACCAUCUAUCUGCUUGUGCCCCCUGCACUUAAUCCCAUUGUUUAUGGGGUAAAGACCAAGGAGAUACGAAGGAGGGUAACUCAGAUCUUUAUUCUAAAGUCUGCACCCACCACUGAUUCAGCAUUUAAUAUGUCAUAG